AUGCUAUCCUUCUCCAUCGCACCCACCACUCUCGCCCCCGAAGUAACCACUCGGAUCAACACAGCCUUCCGCAGCGAACCCACCGGCCAAACCUGGCUCUUCUCCUCCCAAACCAAUCGCAUCGAUAUCUUUUCCCUGGAAGCAACACUCUCCAUCCUCACCUCCCCUUCCAGCAUCUUUCUCGCCGCCACACUUCCAAACACCGCCGAGAUGAUCGCAACAUGCUUUCUCCGUAAACCUGCAGAGACAGUGGCACAACAUAUAAGUAAAGGAGCAGCUUGGUUGGGAUUUCUCGCCGUAAAGCCAGCGUAUCAUGGACAAGGAUAUGGCAAAGCGAUGUUGCAAGAAGCUGAAAGAUUUGUCCGUGAGGAGUGGGGGGCUAAGCGGCUGGAAAUGGAUCAUGUGAAUGCGAGGGUUGAGUUGGGGAAUUGGUAUCGGCGGUGUGGGUAUAAUGCUACUGGCAAGAAGAGGGAUUUUGUGUAUGGUGACAAGGGUAGAGAGAUUUUUGCUGCAGGGUUGGAGUUACUGGUUGUUGGCAAGGAUUUGGUGAUGAAUUGA